UGGGGGAGGCGGGGUUCUUUAAAAAAAAAAAGAAACGCCCGCUCCCAUUUUUGUGCUCUGCCCCCCUUUUUCGCUCUUAUUGCGCCUGCGUAGACGGCGACCGAGAAGGAGGGGGGGAGGAGCCCGCUUUCCCGCCGAUGGCGCCGCUGCUGGGCCGCAAGCCCUUCCCGCUGGCCAAGCCGGUGCCCCCGCCGGGAGGAGGAGCCGGAGAAGAAGGAGUCGCAGCGGCCGAGCCGCGCUUCGUCAUCGCCCACACGCAGGAGACCUUCCGCUCCAGCGAAGAGUACGAAGCACGGCUAGAGAAGUACAGCCAGCGGAUAUGGACCUGCAAAAGCACCGGAAGCAGCCAGCUGACGCACAAGGAGGCCUGGGAGGAGGAGCAGGAAGUUGCCGAGCUCUUGAAAGAGGAGUUCCCAGUCUGGUACGAGAAGCUAGUCCUGGAAAUGGUCCACCACAACACAAUCUCCUUGGAGAAGUUGGUAGACACUUCCUGGCUGGAGAUCAUGACCAAAUUCGCAGUGGGGGAAGAGUGUGACUUUGAGGUUGGGAAAGAGAAGGUGCUUCGGGUGAAGGUGGUGAAAAUACACCCCCUGGAAAAGGCGACAGAAGAGGAGACUGCUGCUGAGAAAAAAACCGAUGGGGCGUGUGAUUCCCCGUCCAGUGACAAGGAGAAUUCCAGCCAGGUUGUCCAGGACAUCCCGAAGGAGCCAGCACUGAAGGAAGAGGACAGCAGAAGAGACAGUCUGAGUGACCGGGCACGCCGAUCCCCUCGGAAGCUGCCUACUUCUCUGAAGAAGGAAGAGAAGAAAUGGGUCCCUCCGAAGUUCUUGCCCCACAAGUACGACGUCAAGCUGCAGAACGAAGACAAGAUAAUCAGCAACGUGCCAGCAGACACCUUGAUUCGUACCGAGCGGCCCCCGAACAAGGAGAUCCUGCGCUAUUUCAUCCGCCACAGCGCGCUUCGGGCCGGGACGGGGGAGAAUGCCCCCUGGGUGGUUGAGGACGAGCUGGUGAAGAAGUACUCCCUUCCCAGCAAGUUUAGUGACUUCUUGCUGGACCCACAUAAGUACAUGAUCCUCAACCCCUCGACCAAAAGGAAGAGCACUUCCUCGCCCAACCGGAAGCCCUCCAAGAAGCCCAAGCUGGACGGCUCCUUGGGCCCGGGGCUGAGCCCCUCGCUGUGGUGCAGCGUGCACUUGAAGAAGACCAUGCUGGGCUCCCCGCUGAAGGUCAAGAACUCCAAGAGCCCCAAGUCCCCCACGGAGGAGCUGGAGGAGGUGAUGAAGAUGAUGUCUCCCGGCCACAGCUUCAACCGGAAGCGGAAGAGCCAGAAGCUGCUGAACGGGCAGAAGUCGGGGAAGCCACGCUCUCCCAAGAAGGACUCCAAGAUGAAGAUGAAGCAGAUGACGCUGCUGGACAUGACGAAGGGCACCCCCAAGGUGGCGAGAGGGCCCAGGAGCUCAGGCCCCCCCCCCAGGUCCUCCAGCAAGCCCCCAAAGCACCUCCCGCCGGCAGCCCUGAACCUCAUCGCCUAUUACAAGGAGAACAAGGACCGUGAGGACAAGAAGAGCGCCCUCUCCUGCAUCAUCUCCAAAACAGCCCGGCUGCUCUCCAGCGAGGACCGGGCCUGCCUCCCUGAAGAGCUGCGGGGCAUCGUGCAGAAGCGAUACGAGUUGCUGGAGCACCGGAAGAAAUGGGCCUCCAUGACCGAGGAGCAGCGGAAGGAGCACAUGAAGAAGAAGCGGGAGAAGCUGAAGGAGAAGCUGAAGGAGAAGGCCCGGGAGCGGCGGGAGAAGGAGAUGAUGGAGAAGCUGGAGAAGCAGAAGCGCUACGAGGACCAGGACAUCAAGGGGAGCGCCCUGCCCGCCUUCAGGCUGGUGGACACACCAGAAGGGCUGCCCAACACCCACUUUGGGGACGUGGCCAUGGUGGUGGAGUUCCUCAGUGGCUACUCGAGCCUGCUGAUGCCGGACGCCCAGUACCCUGUCACCGCUGUCUCCCUCAUGGAAGCCCUAUCUGCUGAAAAGGGGGGCUUCCUGUACCUGAACAGGGUCCUGGUCAUUCUGCUGCAGACCCUCCUGCAGGAUGAGAUUGCGGAAGACUACCGCGAGCUGGGGAUGAAGCUCUCGGAGAUCCCCCUCACCCUGCACUCUGUGUCCGAGCUCGUGCGCCUCUGCCUGCGCAAGUCGGACGUGCAGGAGGAGAGCGAGGCCUCCGAGGCCGUGGAGGAGAACAAGGACCUGGCCUCCUUCGAGGACCACGAGGUGCAGGACGAGUUCCUGGAGAAGCUGGAGGCUUCGGAGUUCUUCGAGCUCAGCCCAGAGGAGAAGCUACAGAUCCUGGCCGCGCUCUGCCACCGCAUCCUGAUGACCUACUCCGUGCAGGACCACGUGGAGUCCAAGCAGCAGAUGUCGGCCGAGCUGUGGAAGGAGCGGCUGGCGGUGCUGAAGGAGGAGAACGACAAGAAGCGGGCGGAGAAGCAGAAGCGCAAGGAGAUGGUGGCCAAGAGCAAGGAGAACGGCAAGGAGGAGAACGGCCUGGCCAAGGCGGGGGAGAAGAAGAAGGGGGAGGCGGAGAAGGCGGCGGUCAAGGCAGAGCAGCAGGCGGAGGCGGAGGACAUGAUCAGUGCGGUCAAGAGCAGGAGGCUCUUGGCCAUCCAGGCCAAGAAGGAGAAGGAGCUGCAGGAGAUGCAGAUGAGAGUCAAACUUGAAAAAGAAGCAGAGGAGGAGAGAAUGCGCAAGCAUAAAGCUGCAGCCGAGAAGGCUUUCCAGGAUGGCAUUGCCAAAGCCAAGCUGGUCAUGCGCAGGACACCGAUCGGCACAGACAGGAACCACAACAGGUAUUGGAUCUUCUCUGAUGAGGUUCCUGGGCUGUUCAUAGAGAAGGGUUGGGUACAUGAUGGCAUAGACUAUAGUUUCACACCUCCCCAUCAGGAGGAGGACGAGGAGGAGGAGGAGGAAGAGGAAGAGGAAGAUGAUUACCAACACGACGCACAGGAGACCCUGGUGGAAGGCAGCGUCCUGAACACUCCUCAGGGGGGCCUGCAUUUCCCGGAAGUUCCCGUGGAGACCACCGUGCCCAAGCAGGGGCAGAAUCUCUGGUUUCUCUGCGACAGCCAGAAAGAGCUGGAUGAACUGCUAGAGUGCUUGCAUUCGCAAGGGAUACGGGAGAGCCAGCUGAAAGAUCGACUGCAGAAGAGGUAUCAGGACAUCACGCAUUCCAUGCACUUGGCUCGGAAGCAGAACCCAGGCCUGAAGUCCUGCGAUGGCCACCAGGAGUUGCUGGACUUCCUGCGGAGUGACCUCAUUGAGGUGGCCACACGGCUACAGAAGGGCGGCUUGGGCUACAUCAGUGAAGCUGAGUUCGAAGCCAGGGUUUCCUCCCUGGAGAGCCUCAAGGACUUUGGGGAGUGUGUGGUUGCCCUCCAGGCCAGCGUUAUCAAGAAGUUCCUGCAGGGCUUCAUGGCCCCCAAGCAGAAGCGGAGGAAGCAUCAAGGGGAGGACGUGGUUGCCAAGGCGGAGGAGGUGGAUGAAGAGAAGAGAGUGGCAGAGGAAGCCAAGGUUGCUUCGGCCGUGGAGAAGUGGAAGACGGCGAUCCGGGAGGCGCAGACCUUCUCGCGCAUGCACGUCCUGCUGGGCAUGCUGGAUGCCUGCAUCAAGUGGGACAUGUCGGCGGAGAACGCCCGCUGCAAAGUGUGUCGGAAGAAAGGUGAGGACGACAAGCUCAUCUUGUGCGACGAGUGCAACAAAGCCUUCCACCUCUUCUGCCUGAGGCCAGCCCUCUAUGAGAUCCCGGAAGGCGAGUGGCAGUGCCCGGCCUGCCAGCCCUCCGCCGCCAGGCGCAGCUCACGGGGCAGAAACUACGCGGAAGACUCGGUGGAGGAAGAGAGUGAAGCUGGUGAAGAGGAAUCCGAGGAAGAGGACGAUGAUGAAGAGGAAGAAGAGGAAGGCUAUGAGGUUGCAGGACUGAAAUUGAGACCCAGGAAGGCGGCCAAGGGGAAGCAGGGGGGCCCAGCCGCGGAUCCUCCGAGACGGGGCCGGCAUCCCGGGAAGAAGCGGGUGCUGCAUGCCACCCGAGGGUCCCGGCAGCGGGCGGCCGCACCUGUCAGCGAAGCAGACAUUGAUGAGCUGGUCCUUCAGACGAAGAAGAUGUCGCGCCAGCAGAACCUGGAGCUGCAGAAGUGCAAGGAGAUCCUCAACAAGCUUGUCAAGUACCGCUUCAGCUGGCCCUUCAGGGAGCCGGUGACCACGGAAGAGGCCGAGGACUACUUUGAGGUGAUCAGGAGCCCCAUGGACUUCCAGACCAUGCAGAGCAAGUGCUUGUGUGGCAGCUACCGCUCCGUGCAGGACUUCCUCGCCGACCUCAAGCAGGUCUUCGCCAACGCGGAGCAGUACAACCAGAACGGCAGCCACGUCCUCUCCUGCUUGGAGAAGACGGAACAGUGCUUGGUGGACAUGCUGAACAAACACCUGCCCGCCCACACGUACGCCCGCCGGAAACGCAAGCGGCCCCCGGCCCUGCCCAGCCCGGGACUGGAGGAGGCCGCCGCUGCCAACGGCGACAGCGAGUCGGAGGCGCUGGAGUACUCGAGGGGCCGGAAGAGGAAAAAAUGAGGGGGCCGCUCGGACGGGACGCGGUUGGAGCAGGCACCCCUGGCCGGCAGCAGGAUCGGCUGCCCCAAGGGAGCCGGGAGGCAGAAGCCGCCCAGUGUCGUCCUGCCCCCCACCCCGCUCCAGCAAUGUCCUGAUAGUGAUUGGUUGGCCCCUGAGGGAAAGGGGGCGGUUUAGUACUUGCUCAGCAGUGCACACAGCUCUUGGGCGGGGGGGGGAGCAAGGGGGAAGAGGAGGGUCACCGUUUGGGGCGGGGGAUGGAGCCAACUCCAGUCUGGGGAGAGGAGGCUUUUCUCUGAACCAGAGCUGCUUCUGUCCUCCCAGUGGGGCAGGCGUGGGCCGCCGUGCCCCAUUCUGGGUGCAAGCCAGCCAGUGGUUAGAUGGUUUUGUAUUGAUAGAGAAUGACCCUUGAGCCCUCUUUGUGCACCCCACCCCACCCUGGCGAGGAAGCCGCCUGUAGACGGGAGCAAGCCCCUUUCACCAGCAUCACUGUACAGACCCACCUUGGGGGUGCUCGUCUCACUCCAGCCUCUUUCUUCCUUAAAACAAUUCGGGCAGUAGCAAGGUAGGGACCCUUCUUCCACAGCACUUCCCUUGCCCCCGCAGCGUGCCCCAAGGAACAGACCCUCUUAUCCAGAAGGUGGUGGCGCGUCCUACAGAGUUGGGCCAGUGGGGGAAACUGGUGUCCUCUCACCCGAUGGUGCCCCACCCCCCACCCCACGGUCCCCUUUUUUAGUUAAGGAAAGAUUCUCGUUUCCAGCAGUGACCUUGUACAAAAGACUGCCUUGUAAGAUACAGUCGUCUUGGCUUGGACACGUACUGUACAGUUUAUAUAUGAGGAUGUGCUUGCUUUAUAUUCCCCACUCCCUCUCAACCACUUGGUUUUUUCUUAGAUAAAAGUAGUUGGAGUUGAACCAGGGAUUCUGUCGGGGUUGUACACUUUCUAGACUCUCUCUUGUCUCUCUUUUUUAUAGUCCGUCCCCACUCUCUUCACCUGCCCUGCCUCCCCAACCCCAGUCGGGGUUCCAGACCAGCCUGACCACACACAAUUGAAUCUCCCCAGCCGGGUGGUGUUGGGGGGCCCUCGAGAAGCAAGCUGGUCCCGGGUAGCCUGACCUGUCUCAUGGAGGGAUUUCCUUUAACCAAAGCGCUUCUUUUGAUCCUCCCUCCGUUCCAAGCAGAAUCCUUCCCUCCCCCCCCAUUUUGGUUUGGAGUUCCAUGGUUUGGGGUCGUGAGCAGAAGGGAGUUUCCCAACCCCUAGAAAUGGGCCUGACUAGCCAGCUCCUCCCAACCUGGGGGUGUGGGGCUGCUUCCUGGUUCUCUUUCCUGGGUGGUGGCCCCUCAAGCAAGGUGGGUCAGGUUGCUUGGCCCUUCUCGGCCCCCUCCACCUGGGCUCCGUCACUGGGCCCUCCGGCUUUUGUUCCAUCAAGCGUGUUUUGGCCACUCCUGCCCAGUGAGACUUUUGGACUAUGGUUUUUUGUUUUUUUUAAAAGAUUGUUGUUUGGGGGAGGGGGGAUUCUGUUAAGGGCUGUACUUGUAAUAAAUUGAAAAUACAAAAGUGAAAACUGG